ACCCAGCGCAGCCAGCGGCCUCCAUUUUGCCUGAGCCCGUGUCCUCCUCACGUGUCCAGCGCUGUAUCUCUCACAUGACCCGACUGUUUGUUCCCGUGAUCAGCGCCUCCAUUUCCGUCUGUGUCACCGAAGAUCACUUUUUAUUCUCCCCCUGAUGGAUAUGCUUGAACAGAGUUUGGACAGCACAAGUCAAGAUAAACACAAAGAAGAGAUUGUCCAGACUGAAGAUGGAACAGGAGACGAUUCUUCUGGUGUAACAAUAACCAGUGCUCCACAGGGUGCAGCUUUUGGUGACAACCUACAAUAUCAGUUUCGCACAGAAGGUGCGCAGGUAACAUAUCGCGUCGUCCAAGUGACAGACCAACACCUCGAGGGCAGAGAUGAGGGAGGAGGAGCAGUGAGCGUGGUGUCUACAACUGCUUUCUCUGGAACUCCUCAGGCAGUUGCUCAGGCUGUGAUCCAGAACCCUUUUAGUAAUGGAGGCAGCCCGGCGGGGGAGACAGUGGGAGGAGGGGAGACGCGCUUCGCUUACUUCCCCGCAACGGCAGUGAGCGACGGGACAGUGUCUGUGCAGGCGGCCUCGGACCCCACACUCACACAGGCAGGGGGGCAGUUUUAUGUUAUGAUGACCCCGUCUGACGUCAUACAGGCAGGUGCACAACGAAGCCUCGCUCCUCGGACACAGCAAUAUCCUGCGAAAAUGGACGGACCCCGCACGCCACGAGAUGAAAGGAGGAGAGCGCAACAUAAUGAAGUUGAAAGACGAAGGAGAGACAAAAUUAACAACUGGAUCGUGACUUUGUCCAAGAUCAUCCCAGACUGCAACAUGGACAGCACUAAGACAGGAGCGAGCAAAGGGGGCAUCCUGUCCAAAGCGUGCGACUACAUCCGUGAGCUUAGGCAGAGCAACCAGCGUCUGCAGGAGGCUCUGAAGGAGGUGGAGAGGAUACAGGUGGACAACGAGCUCUGCAGACAGCAGAUCGAGGAGCUAAAGAACGAGAACGCUUUGCUGCGCGCACAGCUCCAGCAGCACGGCAUCGAGCUGGUGGGAGAGACACCUCCUCAGUGAGAGAGGAUCUGGGCAGGACCCUUAGCACGCUGGUGAUGCCUCUCCAUCAGACAUUCUUGACAGAAUGUCUGUCUUUGGACCGAACGCAUCCUUCCACGGGUUUUACGGAGAACCCUUCAGUGGCCUAUUGCAGCUGCACCUCACUGCUCCAAUCUUGUUGAGAUAACCACCUGUUACAACCAGACAAGCGCUUCAAGAAACUGUCCAUUCACCUCCCCCGGAGAGCUGCACUAGCACGACUGUGACUCUGACGAACUCCUGUUUAUUUAUGUAGCCUUUUUAUGGACUACAAUUUGUCAUUUAAUUUUCCAUCAGUCUGCACCCGCCCUUAUAAUUAAUUUGGACAUAGUUCAGGCUUUUAUUUUGUGUUUUGAAUUCAGUAUUAUUUAACCACUUUAAUUUAUUAGUCCGCUUGCUUUAAUGGAGACCAGUUACAGCUUGGUACACAGAAGGCUUACUAAUGUAGCGUACCCUGUUUUCACCCAAAGACUAAAAAAGCACCCUCUUUGACAAAUAUUUAUGCAAAUGACUUUUUACGUAUUACAAAUAUAGGAAUAUACGACAGCCAAUCAACAGCACUUCAAGUAAACCUCAACUUCUUGUUGUAAAACUCUUCAAAACGAGCGCAACCUAGGAGUGUUGUACGAGUGGUAUACUUGAAUUUUGGGGCAUUCGUUCGAACUGAGAUGAUGAAAAAGAAUCAACAAAAAUCACUUUGAAGGAUCCAGCUGGAAAAAGCUCUCUUUGUGCUAUGUGGCAAAUGCAGAAUACUAUUUAAUAAAAAAUAAUGCAAUAUAUUGUAACUGUAGCCAAACUAGAAAAGCCACUGAUACCCACGUCUCAGAAUGUGUAAAAAUCAUCAUUCACUCUGUUCUAUUUCGGUGUGGCUUCACUUCAAAUGGAGCGAGAACAUACGGAAAGGGGGAGGCACCCUGUGGAGAAACCACUCAAACAGACUUGGAAUGAAAAAGGUGGUAUAGCAGAGUUAAAACUUGCAAUAUAACUUCUUAUUUGUGUGUACCGAUUGCAAGAAAGCCAACAUUAUUUUUGUGUAUGAUUUCUGUGAAUGAACACAGUUUUGUGCCCUGCUGGCGGCGACACGACAGCGGAAGAGAGAUAUCAAACUUAUUAGCUGCAUUAUCUACAGCUCAGGAUCCACGAAAGCAAAACCAACAGACCCCCUCGGCAAAAACAGCAAAAAGAAAAAAAAACGAGACAGCUAUCCCAUUUGAAUAUCUGUAAGUUAGCAGCUCAUGUUCCUAGCCGCUGUUCUGCCACUACAGCGAGAUUCAAGCCCGAUACGACUGCUGUGUGUGUCUGAUCUAUCAAGAAGAGGCUGCUAGCCAAAACUCGAAUCCAUAGAUGUGUUUUUCAGUCGUUUUUUUCCCCCCUCCUUGCUAAGAAAAAAAGCACAGAUGCUGAAUGUGAAAAUAUGAGACAUGCUAUGCUAUAUAGAAGAUUUGUGUUGAGAAAAAGGUCAUUCGUGGUGAAUUUUUUUUUUUUUUUUUAUAACAGAUGACUCCUCUUCACUUUGUAGCAGCCUCACUCUUCUCAGGUUAGAUUAGAUAAUGAUAAAGACACAUUUUCUAUGUACAAUGGUGAAUAAAACAAUCUCUUGCUAUAAAA